UCUUCAUCACUGCUAGGAACCCGAACAAGAUAUCGAUAAUAAUCGAACAGGACGUAAGGCCUUUAUGUAAUGGGAACAUCAAUCUCGUGAACUGCUCGGACGAGUUUUCGCUUGUUGACCAUCAUGGCACCCAUUCCCUUAAUACCGCUAACUAUCGCCGUUCUGCUCAGCGUGCAUGGAUUGCGCUCGCGAUCGCUUUCUUCCUCCGGUGCAGUGACCGCCUUCGUGGUUGGCUUCAGCAUUCUUGCAGUGCCUGUGCGGACCAUUGGGAUCACUCUCAUCGUGUUCUACUUGAUCGGGUCCAGAGCCACUAAAUACGGCAAGAAGCGGAAGGCUCAGCUUGAAGAUGACUAUCAAGACGCUGGCUACCGAUCUGGCGCUCAAGUUCUCUGCAACUCAUUUACCGCGCUACUUGCGAGUGGAAUAUGGUGUCUCGCCUUUUCCCCUGACAUGUUGCCGUGGAGUCUAGUCAAUUAUUACAUUCGCUCGGGCUCAGCAUUGUUGGAGAGUGUGCCAUAUGAAGAUGGUCAAUGGUGCCCAUUGGACGCCACGGUAUCAAGUGGAUGGAGUCGCGCGUUGAUAUUUGUGGUGCUUGGUCACUUUGCCUGCUGCCUGGGGGAUACUCUCGCGUCAGAACUCGGUAUCCUCUCUUCCCGCCCACCAAUCCUUAUCACGACGCUGAAAACUGUUCCACCCGGUACAAAUGGUGGUGUCUCGGUCGGCGGGACACUUGCCAGCUUAUUUGGCGGUUUGUCUAUGGGUGUAACAAUGUUCAUUUCGAUCAUUGUAGAGAAUGCACACUGCAGGAGCAGUUGGAUAACUAUUUUUCCGUCACUCGUAUUUUGGGGUAGUGCAGCAGGUGUUGGCGGGAGCUUGCUGGAUUCGUUCCUAGGAGCGACUCUACAGCGCACGCGUUAUUCGGUCGACAAGAAGAUCAUUCUUACUGACCACAAGGUGGAACCUGAACGUGGACGGAAAGACACUGUCAAAGUCAUUAGUGGACUCAAUUUAUUGACAAACAAUCAGGUCAACCUACUUUCGUCGAUAGUGACUGCGCUCGUUGUCGCAAGAUUUGCCUCGACGUCAGAGUUUUCUGUGCUUCAUCUGUAGAAACUUCCUAAUCGCAGCUGUAUACCUCCAAGAAUGCUACCAUGUAAUAAUUCUCUUGACAGAAAUCGUAGGAGGUAUUCGAGUCAGUUCAAGUUCUGUAUGGAGUGGCAUUGUCUCGAAGAUGAGACUGGUCACAGUUUGCGUUCUCA